ACCCCCCCUCCCUUUUCCCCAUCCAGCGGCGGCGGCGGUGUGACGCGCAGGCCCAGUGCGGAGAGCUGCUCGAGACCACCAUUGCGGGCAUCACGUGGUCGCAGCCCCCCAACGGUUUUUGGCGCCAACUAGGCGAGGUGGGGGAAGAAGAAGAAGAAGAAGCAGAAGUGGACGCCAUUUUGUCCCACCAAAGCCAAGCCUACCAAAGGCCAAAUCAAGAUGCCCCGAAUAGACAACGACAUCAAGCUCGACUUCAAGGAUGUCUUGCUGCGACCCAAGCGCAGCACGCUGAAAAGCCGCAGCGAGGUGGAUUUGAAGCGGGAAUUUGUGUUCCGUAACUCCAAGGGAACGUACAACGGUAUUCCCAUCAUCGCGGCCAACAUGGACACCGUGGGGACAUUCGAAAUGGCAAAAGCACUGGCCAAGUUCUCGCUGUUCACUGCCAUCCAUAAACACUACUCGCUGGAGGAAUGGAAAGACUUUGCAUCCUCCAAUGCCGACUGUUGCCGACUUGUAGCAGCCAGUGCGGGGAUGGGCACCAAUGACUUUGAGCGCCUGUGCUCGGUGCUGGAGUCGGUUCCCGAGAUUCGCUACAUCUGCCUCGACGUUGCCAACGGAUACUCGGAGCACUUUGUGGAGUUCGUCAAGGAAGUCCGGAUGAAGUUCCCGGAACACACCAUCAUGGCAGGGAACGUGGUGACGGGAGAGAUGGUGGAGGAGCUCAUCUUGGCCGGAGCGGAUAUCAUCAAAGUGGGAAUUGGGCCAGGCUCGGUGUGCACGACCCGCAAGAAGACGGGCGUGGGCUACCCACAGCUCAGCGCCGUCAUCGAGUGCGCAGAUGCCGCCCAUGGACUCAGCGGGCACAUCAUCUCCGACGGAGGGUGCAAUUGUCCCGGUGACGUGGCUAAGGCCUUCGGGGCCGGUGCUGACUUUGUCAUGUUGGGGGGGAUGUUUUUCGGGCCACACCCAGUGCGGGGGUGAAACGAUGAAGAAGAAGACGGACGGACCUACAAACUCUUCUACGGGAUGAGCUCCGAGACGGCCAUGAAGAAGCACAGCGGGGGGGUGGCCGAGUACAGGGCAUCGGAGGGCAAGACGGUGGAGGUGGAGUACAAGGGUGAUGUGGAGAUGACGGUACUGGACAUCCUGGGGGGCGUGCGCUCCACCUGUACCUACGUGGGAGCCGCCAAGCUGAAGGAGCUGAGCAGGAGGACCACCUUCAUCCGUGUCACCCAGCAGCUCAACACAGUCUUCAGCUAGCGGGGCGGGGCGGGGGGGGAGAAAGUUUCACCCCGUGUCUGACCCUGUCUCUGGGGGUGUGUGUGUGGGAGGUGAUGGGGCGGGGCGGUGCAGGAAGGAGGGGGAGGCUCCACCCCCCCCCCCCC